UGGGGGUGAUGCUCGGCCUCGGCCUCUUCGUCGUCAUCAUCGCCGCUGCCAUUGUGGUCCUGGUCCGCCGGUUGCGCCUGAAGAAAAUACCUGCGCAGGGGACGCCGAAAUAUCGCUUCCGCAAACGGGACAAGAUGCUCUUCUACGGCCGCAAGAUCAUGCGCAAGGUCUCCCAAUCCACGUCCUCCUUGGUGGACACCACCAUUUCCAGCGCCUCGCGGCCUCGGAUGAAAAAAAAGCUCAAGAUGCUCAACAUCGCCAAAAAGUUCCUGCGCAUCCAGAAGGAGCUGCCCACCCUGCAGCUGAAGGAGCCCCCUCCCUCCGUGCUGGAAGCCGACUUGACCGAAUUCGACGUCGCCAAUUCCCAUCUGCCCUCCGAGGUCCUUUACAUGCUCAAAAAUGUCCGGGUGCUGGGCCACUUUGAGAAGCCGCUGUUCCUGGAGCUUUGCAAGCACAUGGUUUUCCAGCAAUGCCAACAAGGGGAUUACGUUUUCCGGCCCGGCCAACCCGACACCAGCAUCUACGUCCUCCAGGAUGGCAAGUUGGAGCUCUUCCUCACCGAACCGGGCCACCAGCGACCAUACCGGACAGUGUGCGCCCGAGCAGCUGAGGACUCCACCGUGCUACGGCUGCCGGUUGAAGCCUUCUCUGCCGUCUUUGAGAAGUACCCCGAGAGCUUGGUGCGGGUGGUGCAGGCCGCCCCGCUGAAGGCCGAAGGCGUGGAGCCCCCCGCGCCGCCGCCACCGUUGAGCCGCUGCAUCUCCAUGCCGGUGGAUAUCUCCGGUAUCCAGAAGGGUCCCCGCUCCGACUUCGACAUGGCCUACGAGCGUGGGCGCAUCUCGGUGUCGCUGCAGGAGGACAGCACCGGCGCCUUGGCUGCCUUCUCCCGGUCCAUCUCUCAGGAGCCCAAGGAGCGCAAGUCAGUGACGGUGGAAGAGCAACCGUCUGGUGUCUACCACUACAACUACUGCGAGGACGAUUCAGCAACCGGGGACUGUCCCUUCGGACCCUACCAGGGCCGCCAGACCAGCGCCAUCUUCGAGGCUGCCAAGCGGGAGCUGGUCAAGCUCAUGAAGGUGGAGGACCCUUCUCUCCUCAACAACCGUGUCUUGCUUCAUCACGCCAAAGCCGGGACGGUCAUCGCCCGUCAAGGGGACCAGGACGUGAGCCUCCACUUCGUGCUGUGGGGCUGCCUGCACGUGUACCAGCGGAUGAUCGACAAGGCGGAGGACGUCUGCCUCUUCUUGACGCAGCCCGGCGAGAUGGUGGGACAGCUGGCCGUGUUGACCGGCGAGCCCCUCAUCUUCACCAUCAAAGCCAACCGUGACUGCACCUUCCUCAAGAUCUCCAAGUCGGACUUCUAUGAGAUCAUGCGGGAGCAGCCCAGCGUGGUGCUGAGCGUCGCCCACACCGUGGCUGCCCGUAUGUCACCCUUCGUCCGCCAGAUGGACUUUGCCAUCGACUGGAUGGCGGUGGAAGCCGGCCGGGCGCUCUACAGGCAGGGGGACAAGUCGGACUGCACCUACAUCGCACUCAACGGGCGGCUCCGCUCCGUCAUCCAGAAGGGCAGCGGCAAAAAAGAGCUCAUUGGGGAGUACGGCCGCGGGGACCUCAUUGGCGUGGUGGAAGCCCUCACCCGGCAGCCCCGGGCCACCACAGUCCACGCGGUCCGGGACACAGAGCUGGCCAAGCUGCCUGAGGGCACCUUGAACAAUAUCAAGCGGAGAUACCCCCAGGUUGUCACCCGCCUCAUUCACCUCCUGAGCCAGAAGAUCUUGGGAAACCUUCAGCAGCUCCGUGGGCCCUUUGCAAGCUCUGGCUUGGGCAUGGCCUCCAGCUCGGAGCCCACCAACCCCACCAGCAACCUGUCAACGGUGGCGGUGCUGCCGGUGUGCGAUGACGUGCCCACGGCUGCCUUCACGCUGGAGCUCAAGCACGCGCUCAACGCCAUUGGUCCCACGUUGCUCCUCACCAGUGACAUCAUCCGUGCCCGUCUCGGCUCUUCAGCGCUGGACAGCAUCCAGGAGUACCGCCUGUCGGGCUGGUUGGCGCAGCAGGAGGACAUCCACCGCAUCGUCCUCUACCAAACCGAUUGUACCUUGACCCCGUGGACGGUGCGCUGCAUCCGUCAAGCCGACUGCAUCCUCAUCGUUGGGUUGGGCGACCAAGAGCCGGCACUGGGAGAGCUGGAGCAGAUGCUGGAGAACACGGCGGUGCGCGCGCUGAAGCAGUUGGUCCUCCUACACCGCGAGGACGGUCCCAGCCCUUCCCGCACCGUUGAGUGGCUCAACAUGCGCAGUUGGUGCUCGGGUCACCUCCACAUCAAGUGUCCUCGGCGCGUCUUCUCCCGCCGUAGCCCCACCAAACUGCGGGAGAUGUAUGAGAAGGUCUUUGAGAAGAGCGCCGACCGGCACAGCGACUUCUCCCGGUUGGCGCGGGUCCUCACCGGCAACACCAUCGCCCUGGUCUUGGGGGGGGGCGGAGCCAGGGGUUGCUCCCACAUCGGGGUGAUCAAGGCGAUGGAGGAAUCCGGGAUCCCCAUCGACAUGGUGGGCGGCACCUCCAUCGGCGCCUUCAUCGGGGCGCUCUACGCCGAGGAGCGCAGCGCCGUCCGCACCAAGCAGCGGGCGCGCGAGUGGGCCAAGUGCAUGAAUUCAGUGUUUGAGACCGUCCUGGACCUCACCUACCCCAUCACCUCCAUGUUUUCGGGUUCAGCCUUCAACGCCAGCAUCAACAAGGUCUUCCAGGACAAGCAGAUCGAGGACCUGUGGCUGCCCUACUUCAACGUCACGACCGACAUCACGGCGUCAGCCAUGCGGGUGCACACGGACGGCUCGCUCUGGCGGUACGUGCGAGCCAGCAUGACCCUUUCUGGCUACCUACCGCCACUCUGCGACCCCAAGGACGGCAACUUACUGAUGGACGGUGGUUACAUCAACAACCUGCCAGCCGACAUCGCCCGUAACAUGGGCGCCAAGACGGUGAUCGCCAUCGAUGUGGGCAGCCAGGAUGAGACGGACCUGUGCAACUAUGGGGACAGCCUGUCUGGCUGGUGGCUUCUCUGGAAACGCCUCAACCCCUGGGCUGAAAAAGUCAAGGUGCCCGACAUGGCGGAGAUCCAGUCCCGCCUGGCCUACGUGUCGUGCGUGCGGCAGCUGGAGGUGGUGAAAUCCAGCUCGUACUGCGAGUACAUCCGCCCCCCCAUCGACCGCUUCAAGACCAUGGAUUUCGGCAAGUUCGACGAGAUCUACGACGUAGGGUACCAGCACGGCAAGGUGGUCUUUGAUGGCUGGAGCCGAGGUGACAUCAUUGAGAAGAUGGUGAAGGACCGGCGUUCGGCCGACUUCUAUGAGAGCAAACGCAUGGACGUGAGCAGGGGGUGGCACUGGGGCACGUGGGUGGUGGUGGCUUCCUGGGCACCCACCUCAGCACAUCCCAGGAUGGGCCACCCUGAGGAGUCCGACUACCUCACCGAGUACGAGGACGAGGGGCCGGAGCCAGCGCGGGGCGAGGAGGACGCGUUCGCCCCUGCCGAAUGGGCCAGCGCCGGAACCUUGGAGGCUGAGGAGGAGAGGAGCCUGCGGCAUCGCCCGAGCCGGGCCCAGGACCCUUCCGCACCCCAAACCUGACCCCAAAUGUCACCCAAGGAGCCCGAGAGCCGGCACUACCUCCGCACCCCGGGAGUGUCCC